AUGGUGGCGACUCCCGGGAGGUGCUUGCGGUGCGGCUCCGGGCGAGACCCCCUCGGGCGCGGCCGUGAGGCGGCUGCAGUGUCGUGUCGGCGCCUCCGGGUGCCGCUGUUGGGCCGCCGCCGAGCGUUGCUGGAGCCGCCGCCGCCGCCGCCUCUGAAAUACUUCACGGUGAGCGAGGAGAACGGGAACCUGUACGUGAGCGAGAGGCUGGACCGGGAGGAGCUGUGCGGGAAGUCGUUGUCCUGCUCCGUCAGCUUCGAGGCGCUGGUGCACAACCCGCUCAACGUUUUCCAUGUCCAGGUGGACAUUCAGGAUGUGAACGACAACGCCCCACGCUUCCUGCAGGACAAUUUCCAGCUGGAGAUCAACGAGUUCACUUCUCCCGGCGCGCGAUUUGCCGUGGGUGUGGCCGAGGACGCGGACGUGGGCAGCAACUCCCUGCAGGGCUACGAGCUGGAGACCAACGGGUACUUUGCGGUGGAGGUGAAGGAGAGCCUGGAAGGAAGCAAGUUCGCAGAGCUGGUGCUGCGCCGUGCGCUGGACAGAGAAAGCGAGAAUAGUCUGCGGUUGGUGCUGACUGCGCUGGAUGGCGGUGACCCGCCCCGGAGCGGCACCGCCCAGCUCUGCAUCAACGUCACCGACGCGAACGACAACCCACCCGUGUUCCCGCAGGACCGGUACCGCGCCAGCCUGCUCGAGGACACGCCUCCGGGCUCGACGGUGCUGAACGUCUCCGCCUCCGAUGCCGACGCCGGCACCAACGCCCACAUCACCUACAGCUUCGGGAAAAUGCCGGCCAAGGUGCUUCAAAAGUUCGUGGUGGAUUGUUAUCAGUAUUUCUGUGUCCUGGAGAGAACAGACAGGCAUGAAUUUCAUCGAACCGUAGUGGUGGGAUGGACACGGGAUGGAGUGGGGACAAAAGUGUCGUGGGACGGUGCUUUCAGGCGCUUUGAAGCGUCAUCUGCAAUAUUUGAGCUUCCCAUCAAGGUGGAGGAGAUGUAA